AUGAGUCAGCAAAUAGAGACCGUGGUUAACAAAUGCAGUAUAUGCCAAGAACACAGAAGUCAAAAUGCCAAGGAGUCCAUGAUCUCUUGGCCAGUGCCAGAGAAACCUUGGCAGACAGUUGCCACCAACUUGUUUGCAUGUGUAGAUCAUUACAUCAGGUUCUUAGAGUUAGAGAAACUUAAAAAUGCUUCCUCAACAGCAGCCAUCCACAAACUUAAAGCAAUGUUCGCAAGGCAUGGCAUUGCAGAGAUUGUCAUAAGUGAUAAUGGGCCUUGCUACAGUUCAAAAGAAUUUGAGCAUUUUUCUAAUGCUUGGGGUUUCAAUCACAUAACUACAAGCCCACAUUAUCCCCUGAGCAAUGAAUUGGCUAAAAGACCAGAACCCUUUAGUCAUGAAGAUGAGCACCUCAGAAUUGUACUGGUUGGGAAAACUGGAGUUGGAAAAAGUGCUGUUGGAAACACCAUAAUAAGGGAUAAGGAGGCUUUUAAAUCAAAAGGCUCUAGUAAAUCUGUAACAUCUAAGUAUUCAAAGAAAAAAACUAAUGUUGAUGGCACCAACGUUGCUGUAAUUGACACCCCAGGGUUGUUUGACACAGAGCUUCAUGACUCAGUAAAACAAGAAAUUGUAAAAUGUGUUCAGCAGUCUUCUCCAGGACCUCAUGCAUUUUUGAUGGUGAUUCAGGCUAGAAGAUUCACUGAAGAAGAAAACAACACUGUGCUGUUCACCAAUGUGGAAAAUCUAGAAGAGGACAUCAAAGAGUUUGUUAAGUCAUCAGAAAAAGGCCUCAGGGACUUGAUUGAAAAAUGUGGUCACAGAUAUCAUGCCAUCAACAAUAAAGCCAUUAAUAGCCAUGAGCAGGUCAAAAAAGUCUUGAUGAAAAUAAAGGAAAUGGUGAAAAAGAACAAUGGUACCUAUUAUACUCAUAAUUUGUACCAAGAAGCAGAGAGGCUUAUCAAGCAGAAAGAGAUGGAGAUAAAGAGAGAAGCUGAAGAGCAAAAUAAGAAGGAAGAAGAAGCACUCAAGAAAAGGGAGCAAAAAUUACAACAAUUUGAGCAGACAAUGAAGGAGAAGGAAGAGGAACUAAAUAAAGAGAUUAAUAAAAUCAAAGAUAAAAAUCAAAAAGAACUUAAAAGAAUACAAAAUGAGAACAGAAAUUAG